AUGUCCCCUGCAGACCCGGCGGCGACAGCAGGUGGAACAAAGCGCAAGGAGCGCGACUUUGAGGCCGACGUGGUGGUUGGUGGAGGCGAGGAAACAAACAUCAAUGUCGUGGUGCGGUGUCGCGGGCGCAGCCAGCGGGAGGUCAAGGAGAACAGCGCCGUGGUGGUGAAUUCAGACGGCGUCAAGGGGAAGGUCAUUGAGCUGUCCAUGGGAGCCAACGCGCUGAGCAACAAGACCUACAGCUUUGACCGCGUUUUCUCGCCAGCCGCUGACCAGUCCAUGGUGUUUGAUGAUACGGUGAAACCUAUUCUGGAAGAGAUGCUCGCAGGCUAUAACUGCACAAUAUUUGCCUAUGGCCAGACAGGGACAGGCAAGACUUACACAAUGUCGGGAGACAUGUCAGAUACGCUGGGCAUGCUCUCUGAUGAGGCCGGCAUCAUUCCCCGCGUCCUGCAGCAGUUGUUUAAUAAACUCGAUAUCGAUGGUAGCGACAAUUGCGUCAAGUGCUCUUUCAUCGAGCUGUACAACGAAGAACUCCGGGAUUUGCUCUCUGCCGAUGAAAACGCAAAGCUAAAGAUUUUCGAUGACGCCUCAAGACGAGGCCACGCAACCACACUUGUUCAAGGCAUGGAGGAGAAGCACAUCAAGAACGCUGCCGAGGGAAUCAAGGUGCUCCAGGAGGGCAGCCUGAAGCGCCAGGUGGCAGCGACCAAGUGCAACGAUCUGAGUUCUCGCGGCCACACCGUCUUCACGAUUACGGCAUACGUCAAGAAGCCCAACGACCAAGGGGUGGAGGAGCUUGUAAGCGCCGGCAAGUUGAAUCUGGUGGAUUUGGCCGGAAGCGAAAACAUUCAGAGAUCAGGCGCAGAGAAUAAGCGAGCCACCGAAGCUGGCUUGAUCAACAAGUCGCUGCUCACUUUGGGGCGAGUCAUCAAUGCUCUGGUGGAUCGCAGCCCUCAUAUUCCCUACCGAGAGUCCAAAUUGACUCGUCUUUUGCAAGAUUCGCUUGGUGGCCGAACGAAAACAUGCAUCAUUGCCACCAUUUCUCCCUCAAAAAGCAACCUUGAAGAAACGAUAUCCACACUCGAAUACGCAUUCCGCGCGAAGAAUAUCCGAAACAAGCCUCAGCUUCAUAUGAUGACGAAGAAGAUGCUUCUUAAAGACUUUACUCUUGAAAUUGAGAAGUUGAAGAGUGAAUUAAUAGCUACUCGGCAACGUAACGGCGUUUACCUUUCCAACGACAUGUAUGAAGAGAUGACUGCACAGAGCGAAUCAAGGAGGAUUGUGUUGGAGGAACAGAGUGCGCGGCUCGAGACAUUGGAAACAAACCUACGGAACAAGGUCCAGGAGCUCUUUUCCCUCAACAUUUCGUUCAUGGGCAUGAAGAAGGAGAAUGAAGCCACCAAGGCACAGCUGGAAGAUACUCAGGGCGUUCUCGAUCAAACAGACAUUAUCCUCUCAGCGACUCGUCAAACGUUGGCAGAAGAGACGGAACUACGCAAGGCUCACGAGGAGACGGAGGAGAAGCUAACGGAAAUCGGCAGUGUACUGAUUGACAAGCUGCAGAAGACGGUCAAAGACGUCAAUGGCCUACACGCGAAGAACAAGCGUAAAUCGGACCUACACUUGUUGAACCGGACGGCUUGGAACUCAUCCCAGUCUCAGGUUGCUGAGAUAACGUCAAUGGUAGAGCGACGGGUCCGGGGUUUCCAACAGGAGCAGCAAGAACAAAUCUUGAGCGUAUCAAGACGAAUGGAGACAUUUGUCGAAGAAGAGCUGCAGAAGCUGUCUGCUACACAAGCCUUCAUGGACGAGAACUUUGAGACCUUUGCAGAGUCCAAGAGACAGCUCUUGGAGCAGAAGCAACGAUCUAAAGAAGACAUGGACGAGGUAUUGGAAGAAAUCAAAGAGAUUCGUGACAACGUCAAGGAGCGGGUCAGCGAAAGUCUUCAGGCCAUCUCACAUGCUGCGGAGAAGAUUGCAGGGGACGUCUUGAGCGAGAUGACCGGCUUCCACGAACAACUCCAUACUUCGUACAGCUCCUUGGGCAAGGAUUUCAAGUCCAUUUUUGAAGAUCUUGUCCGGCAUAUCACCACGCAGCGCUGUGAGUCUGACAACCUGAGGCGACAGUUGCAAAGUGCCACCAAUACUAUUAUGCUCCAAAAUGCCAGUAUAUCGACUCGCAUGCAAGAGGCGUUGGAAGAGGAGAGGCGGCAAGGGGCUGAGGAACGCCAAAAACUUUUAGCCCAAAUCUCGGCCCUUAUCACGACCCAGGCCGAAACACAGGAGAGCCGAUUCGCAGAUAGGACUCUGCAGAUGCAGAAGAGCAUGGCAGACUACAACACGUCUCUCGAGGGCGCCAUUACUCAGCACAACCAAGGCAUGGAUGCCUGGGACGAGAAAGAGGCUGAGCUGCUGGAGGAAGUCAAGAAGUCGCGCGAUCAGAUCAAGACAAAGUUGAAAGACGACUGGAACGCGGCAGAGGAACGCAGCACGUCCAUACGAACCACAGCGAACCAGGUGCAUGCUGAGACCGUGCGCGUGGUGGGUGUUCAGAUUGAUGAUUUGGACAUCCAGAUGGAAGCUAUGGACGACUUUGUGGCUCGUGCCAAGUCUGAGAGCAACGCCCAUCAUGAAACGCAUUCGCAAUCCCUCCAGGCUCUGUACAACACGGUGGAUCAGUCAUUUGGCAACAUCUCCGCUCACUUCAAGACCACGUUUGAUCGCGUCAAGAACCUCGGCGAGGUCAUGGACCUUGACGCCAGCGAUCUGCACAGCAGCCUUGAGCCUCUGACUACUCAAAUAUGCCAACCACUAUCGGGCCUGCGCGACCAGAUUGGCAAGACAGCCCUCCAGGAUUAUCGGCCCACUGGAGAAACUCCUCAGAAGGCACAGUACCAGUUCCCCACGAACUUGCCUCGUACCCAGACUCACGAUACCAUCCUUUCGAAGCUUGAUGAAGACCUUUCUGGCCUAACCGAGGCCGAAGAAGAUGAUGCCGACGACAAUACGAUUGUCUUUACCGACCUAGAUGCCCCUUCAAGGAAGACCAGUAAGACAAGCACACCAGAACGUCCAUCGAUUGAGAGCGCCUCAGAUAGGAGUGCGAGCCUGCGCGAAGUCAACCCCAACGUAUCAACAAGUCUCUCCGCCAGUGGCAUUUCCUUUGAGCCCCGCUCAAGCACCAUGUCUAUCGCAUCGGAUAACUCGCUGUUCAAGCGCAGCGCCCGUCCCGCGCGAGCGAGCUUAGGGAAACAUAACAAGGUUGGCGAGGGACGUGAGAAUUUACCCCUGACGGCUCUAGCGGAGAGUAUGGCUAGAAGAAAGAGCCCGCGGAUAAAUUAA